AUGCAAAACACUUUCGCCUAUGGCCUCGCAAAAAAUGGGGUUAACGGGCUUCCUGGCGUACGGCGGGCAGCCACCGUCUCCCAAGUCGGCGGACGCUUUUCGUCGCCCAGCUCCCCAUUGAACGCAGAGAGCGGCUCAGUCGGUAGCGAUAUCACGUACUGUGAUAUCGUGAUUACGUCACCAACUUCACUGGCUGCUUCAAUCGCUGCCAGACCGCGUUUAACUCCAUCAUUCGCAGACUUGAACAGUAAUCAAUCAACUGUACCGGCUGAUGGCCUCGCAUCAGUGAUCACGAAGACAUUUGUUGCAUCACAGAGAGAUGAUGAGUUGCAUCUGAGUAAGCGAGGCUCCUUAGUGGACAAAACAAACCCGUUUAUUGGGUACUUUCAAAUAGGGGCAGAAGAGGAUGAUGCGGGAGUGACAGGAAACAUACCAGCUGGACCCACAACUCAAACAUCGCCAAUACCAUCGCCAUCCCCAGCUCCUGUGUGUCGUGCGCCACUUCGUACCCAGAGCAGUGCAACGCUAUCGUCUAUGUCAUCCUUUUACCCGUCUGCAUUUCUCACGCCGCAGAAAACCGGUAGGGAUUGGAUUAGCUCCCGAAAAAGUCGCCUCCCCACAUUCUUUAAGCAUCGAGAUGCAAAGGGGGUGACGUACCAACAGCAAACUCAAUCCAAUAAAUCGAAGCGUGCGGCGUUUCUGGAUGUAUUGAAAUGGAAAUCACCAGUGUUAGCCUUGCAGGUCUCAACAGAUGGCAGCCAAAAGGAUCCAAAUCAUUCCAAAAGUGCAUCUUUCAAGCGGACAGUUUCCCUUCCUGCAGCUAUGUCGAGCAAGGCAAAUCCUGUUCCAUUACCUCCUCUUAUGCCUGUAUCAACGGAGACGGGAAGUACUAGCACUGCGUCGAGCUCUAAAACUGACACCACUUGCGCUUCGAAUUCUCGUUUUGAGCAGGAUUUUGAAGUCGUGGGCUCUCUUGGUGAAGGAGGCCAAGGCCUUGUAUAUAAGGUGCGCAGCAAAGUCGACGGGUGCUAUUACGCGAUUAAAAAAGUUGUUUUACCUCGCGCCACCGAGCUUGAUGCAAACCGUGCGGAACAUCAGGCUUUACGUGAAGUUCGAUUAAUGGCAUCAAUGGCUCCACAUGCAAAUGUGGUGCGCUAUCAUACCGCUUGGACAGAGUUUGAGACUUGUUCACCGGUCAAGACUGUAUCGACAGAAAGUGUGUGCGGCUCUGACGUACCAUUGAAUGGUAGUGAUUGCUGUCCUCAAGGUCUUCAACGACAACAAUUGGCAUUAUUGGAUGAGGAAGCCGAGCUGCGGAUGAGCAAUCUUCAGACUACAGAUCAGUCGUUCUCACUUAAUUAUUCGUCGGGCUCACUAAAAUUUGACGAGUAUUCCACUCCAGGGUUCACCUUUGACGAUGAUGUUGAACUCGAUAACUCAGUAGGCUUGUGUGUUGACGAUGACGCAGCAUUUGAAAGACGGGAUGAAUCGAUAACCAACGAGUGCAUCGAUUCUGGUGCUUUUUCAGCCCAACCAGCGGUCAUGAAAGCACAGGUAAUUUUGUACAUUCAGAUGGAAUUGUGUGGCACGGUUGUGGAUCCGAUGCCUUUACCCUCGACAACCACCGACCAAGAGUCAAUCAAUCGUAUUUUGUAUGAUUUGAAGUCGCCACGACAAGAUCGACAGCAGCUCGGCGACGAAUCGUACACGAAUUUGGGAGCGUGGCUUCGUGCAUCUUUAGAUGAGCGGUCGGCAUGGUCUAACUCGUCUGAAAUUCACAACCGAGGACUUAGGCUUUUUCUUAGCGCUGCUCAAGGCGUUGCCCACAUGCAUUCCUACGGCGUUAUCCACCGAGACCUAAAGCCGGAUAAUAUCUUUAUUCACGGUGAUGAAGCUAAGAUUGGUGAUUUUGGUCUGUCGACAUCUAUUUUUGCCGACAGCUUCUCAGAUGGAAAUAUGUCGCCUCGCGAGUAUCUACGAGAGCUUGGACUAUGCGAUAGCGAUCACACAACUGCCCUCGGUACAUUUACAUAUGCUUCUCCUGAACAGCUGGGUUAUCGCUUCGGCAGUACCAACGUGUUGAAAAACGCCGCAACUCGAUUAAAAAGUGCGAAAUACUCGAUAAAGUCGGACAUUUUUGCCCUGGGUGUGAUAUUAUUGGAGCUCUGCUGCCCAUUUAGCACAAUGAUGGAACGUUCGCAGGUCCUGACAGCCGUGCGUCAUGGUGUUGUGCCCCAUAAAGCACGACAAAAUUUUGCAAUGGAGAUGGUGUUGGUUUUGCGCAUGACGUCAAUUGACCCGAGGGACAGACCAACAAGUGAAGAGGUGUGUGCUCAAAUACGCAAAAUAUUGGCAACGAAUAGUACUGCGGUCACGCCAGCGUCAGCUCUUGAGGAAUUGCGUGAAUUACAGGCAAGGCUCUCUGCUACCGUCCGCCAAAUGCGGGAUCGCUCAAAAGCUACACUCCAGCUUGAAGCAUUGAUUUUAGAGCUAAACGACAAGGUCCAGAAUGUCGGUAUGGCUAUUGCCUAA